CUAUAGCAUUUCCUCACAUCAAAAACAAACACAUAAGAAACCACACUAGUUGUUUUACAAUGAUGAUGAAAGUUCUAUGUAUCAUGAUUAUUUGCAUGGUGGUCGUCGCCCCCCAUGCGGCAACGCUUACCUGUGGUGAUGUGAAUAGCAAGUUGAUACCAUGCCUAAACUACUUGAAGCAUGGUGGUAAGGUGCCCGUUCCAUGUUGCAAAGGUGUUAAGGGACUUAAUGCCGCCGCGAAAACAACCGCUGAAAAGAAGACCGCCUGUAGUUGCAUGAAGAAGGCUUAUAAACGUUUAUCUGGUAUUAAAGAAGACAACGCUGUUGCCCUUCCGAAAAAGUGUGGUGUAAGCAUCCCUUACAAGAUCAGCCCCCACACUGACUGCAACAAGAUAAAGUGAGCCCAUGUUGAACGGAUGAAGAUGGAAAUUGAGAGUGGGAGAGUAAAAACCUUUGACUAAGUAAUGCUAGAAUAAAAUGAAAACCUUAUUUUAUUAUUAAAGGGAUACACGUUUGUAUGUUCCUUUGCGUUCUAUUGUCUUUUGAUUAUAUAUAGUGGGUUUUUUGUUGUAUUAUGCUAUAAUUUGGUU